AUGAGUUAUAGACAAGGUUCAUCUUACUCCUUUCGAGCCCGCAGCAGCGGGGGAGGAGGAAGCCUGAGAGGUUCUGGAGGGGGAAGCUGCAGCAUGCGGUCUUCUUCUAGCCGAUUUGGAUCCUCUGGGAUGGGAGGAGGAGGAGGAAGAUUUUCUUCAGGCAGCAGUUAUGGUGGUGGUGGCGGUGGCAGUGGCGGGGGAUCCUGUAGCAUGCGAAGUGGAAGCAGCUCCAGUUUUGGGGGUGCCUAUAGCGGUGGUGGUAUGGGGGGCUCCAGCUAUGGAAGUAGUGGCUACAGUAGUUCCAGGGGCUAUGGUGGUGGUUCUGGGGGUUUUAGCAGUGGCUCUUAUGGAGGCUUUGGUGGUGGCAUGGGGGGCUUUGGAGGUGGCUUAGGGGGCAGUAGCAUGGGGAGCUAUGGAGGUGGCAUAGGGGGUUUUGGUGGUGGCACAGGAGGAGGUGACGGCCUCUUGAAUGGUGGAGAGAAGGUUACUAUGCAAAACCUCAACGACAGACUGGCUUCCUACCUGGACAAGGUGCGUUCCCUGGAGGAUAGCAAUAGUGACCUGGAGGGAAAGAUUCGAAACUGGUACGACACCCACGGUCCUAAAUCAAUCACAAAGAACUAUUCUCACUACUAUAACUCCAUCAAUGACCUCAAGGACCAGAUUCUUAAUGAGACAUUAGACAACAACAAAGUCAUCCUGGAUCUCGACAACGUCCGCAUGACACUUGAUGACUUCAGGAUGAAGUAUGAGAUGGAGCUGAACCUAAGACAAGGAGUGGAAGCAGAUUGCAAUGGGCUGCGCUCUGUAUUGGAUGAUCUGACCUUGUCCAGGGCUGACCUUGAGAUGCAAUAUGAGACUCUGCAGGAUGAGAUGCAAUCCCUGAAGAAGAACCAUGAAGAGGAGAUGAAUGGAUUAACUGGGCAGAACAGUGGUGAUGUCAGUGUGGAGAUGAAUGCUGCUCCUGGUGUGGAUCUGACCCAGGUCCUGAAUAACAUGCGUGAAGAUUAUGAGAGGCUUGUUUCUAAGAACCGCAAGGAUAUUGAGGAUCGGUUUGAGACCCAGAUGACUCAAAUAAGCCAAGAAGUGACAACUAGCAGCCAGCAGAUAGAGACCAGCAACAAGGAAUUGACUGAAACCCGGCACAACUUCCAGAGCCUGGAGAUAGAGUUACAAUCCCAACUCAGCAUGAAAAAUGCCCUGGAGAAGAGUCUGGAGGACCUGAAGGGGCAGUAUUGUAGCCAGCUGGCCCAGAUCCAGGCCCAGAUCAGUGAAAUGGAAGCCCAGCUGAGUGAAGUCCGAGCAGAAAUAGAAUGUCAGAACCAGGAGUACAGCAACCUACUGAAUGUCAAGGAGCGACUACAACAGGAGAUUGCUACCUACCGAGACCUGCUGGAAGAAGGACAGCAGGAUGUUGAUUCUGGAUAUGGAGGAAGAAGUGGAGGUAGAGGCAGAGGUGGAGGCAGAGGUGGCAGCGGGUAUGGAGGAGGAAGUGGCAGUGGAGGCGGAUAUGGCGGAGGUAGUGGUAGCGGAAGUGGAGGCGGCUACGGUGGCGACAGCAGCAGCGGGUACGGCGGAGGAAGCGGCAGCGGAAACGCUGGUGGAAGUGGAGGUGGCUACGGCGGUGAGAGUGGCAGCGGGUACGGUGGAGGAAGCGGAAGUGGAGGUGGAUAUGGUGGCGAGAGCGGCAGUGGAGGAAAAGGUGGCAGCAGUGGUGGAAGUGGAGGCGGCUAUGGCGGUGAGAGUGGCAGCGGAAGCAGAGGCUCUGGAGGCGGCUCUGGAGGUGUCAAGUCCUCCCACUCUGGCUCUUCCCUUUUCCAAUCCUAGAGUGGCAGUGAUGAUUCACAAGGGUCCCAGAAGAGAAACUAAACUUUGCAAGAAAUUCCCUACUCACCUCCAGCUGAGCUACUUCUGGGUAGUCCCUGGAGGAGGUAAC